UACAGCUUUGUUCCUUCGACCUCUUCUAUCAGUCGUCAUUCGACAAAACAGUAUCGCGUUCAGUCACACGCAAUAUGUCUCGCGCAAUAGACGUGGUUGACCAACCUGAGCUUCCAACUGUUCGGAAUUGGGUGCAAGAAAAUUAUACGCUGUCGAAUUUUCAAGCAACAUGUAAUGAGUGUCAAUAUAUUAUAUACUUCGUCUGCACAGAAGCCCUUCAGGAUCAUAUAAAAUGCGAACAUGAAGCUUCUUAUCAAUUUGAAGAGUCAGUGAGAGAUUCUGAUUGGAAAAUCUUUAGACAACCUGACGAUCCUGGCGAUGCAGAAUGUGUUGUAUGUAAUAAGCGUGUUCCCGCCAAAUAUAUCUGGUGUCACCAUCAUUUUGCAAAAGAAGGUCAAAUUGUAGUCGAUAGUUAUCAUGACUGGGCGUUCAAAUAUUUUAAACAGACAAGUGACAGUGUUUUUUCAGCGUAUUGUAUUCUUUGUGAACGCAGACAAUGCGCCAAAAUCAUUCAAUUGGCGUUUAAUGAAAUCGUAUUCUUGCAUUUUAAAAUGUUUCAUCGAGAAAUAUGGGGGGAAGGACUACCAUUUAGUGAAGACUCAGCAACGUCAUUAGGUGUCGCAAAUUUAACAAGACUGAAUAUGUUUUUACGAUUAUCUGACGAUUUCUUAUGGAAGUCAAAGGAUUGGGAAAAUCGCGAAAUAGCUAUAAAUUGGGUGAAAAGGAGAUAUGAAUUAAUGUCGAGAUUUCGAGCAAGAUGUAAAAGAUGUCUUGAAGUUAUUAGUAGCAUCGACGUAUUAAGCUUUGAUCGACAUGUGCGAAGUACCAAUAUGCUUAUUUAUGAUGCUGAAGGCAGAAAUCGUACUGGACAUCGCCAACAUUUUCAUUGGUUAAAUUUCAGGAUUUUAAAAGGGACACAGAAUAUACAAUGUGUUAUAUGUAACGAUGAGUUUGACCUGAAUAGUGACAGUUGGUCAUAUCAUCGACAUAAAGGAAUGGAUGAUAAUAGUAACGUUCUGCAGUAUACAUGGUAUUGCAAAUAUGUAAAACAGAAAGAUAAUAAUGAAGAUUUUAAAGGAUUGUGCCUUGUAUGUGAAGAAGAACAUGACCUUGAUUUUAUGCCUUUUAAUUACUUAUUUCUUCAUAUAUUCGACCAUGGGUGUGCACAGUAUGUAAGAGAAAUGGAUUUCUUAGGACCAGGAAAUGACCCACAACCAAGAGAUGGUCUAGCAAUGCGAGGACAAGGAAUAAAAAGACCAUACGACGAACCGUCAACAAGCCGUGAAAUAAGCUGAAAAGAAGCGGCGAUGUAUCUAUACUUUGGACAAUGGAGAUGAUGAUAGCCGAACUGAGAUCGAGCAACAACGUCGUUAU